AGUCGGGGCAGUCAGUCAGUCGGCGGCGAGGCAGCAGCAAACAGCAGGCAAGAGCAGCGCCCUCAGCGCCCGCCUCUGCGCCCGCCCGCCCAGCGUGCGUAUCGUAUAGUUCCUGGAGCGGACCAUUCCAGAGUGUGCAAAAGUGCAUUCCACAAGGGAGACGUAGUGAUUUAGUAAAGUGAUGAGUGCAAGUGCAGUGAAUGAGUGACGAAGUGAUUUGGAUACAACCAUGAGCCGGCAGAGUCAGCACAUCCUGUCCAGAUCUGGGAGCGGCGUGAGCCUCAGCAUCCUCGAUCUGGAGCAGCUCCGCGGCGCGGUCGAGGCCCUCGAGUUCUGCCCCAGCUGCCACAUGCCGUUCGACAAGGGCAAGAAGAGGCGCCUGAUCGACUCGUGCGGACACGAACGCUGCUACGACUGCCUGGUGCAGAACGAGGCGUGCCCGCAGUGCGCUGCCAAUGGGCUGCCGGCCAAGCGCGCCAGCCUGGGGCUGUCGGCCGAAGACAUGCAGCCCAUCUACAACGACAUCAAGGAGGUCAGGACGGCGGUGGCGCGCGAGGCGGCGCGCAACCGCACCAACGGCCACUUCACGAGCUACAUGCAGGCGUACGACGGCUCCCGGUCGCCCUCGCCGGCCAUGUCCCCGGCGCUGUCGCCCAGCCCGGCGCCCCCGGGCCCCGGCAGGCUGCCGCGGCCGCGGCCAAGGGCCGACCCCAUGACGCAGAGCUGCCCGACGCCGCCCCAGAACAGGCGGCGGUUCUUCCUGCGCUCGCCCUGGGGCCUGGGCCUCCGGCGCUCCGCCAACAGCAACAGCGACCCGCAGGACUGCGCCCAGGACCAGCAGGACGCCAGCGACUCGCACAACGCGCUCUCAGCGGUGUGGAUGACGACAUCGGCCAUGGCGGGGGACCUCGCCGGGGACGCGCGCCACUGGCGCAGCGUGGUGCUGGGCAAGAUCAAGUCCCUGUGGUCGGUGGGCGGCGUGGGCGGCAGCAGCGGGGCGGGCAUCAACCAGCUAGCAGACGAUGACACGGUGAAGCCGCUGACGAGCGCAGCGGCCGCGCGGUGCAAGUCCGGGCGGUUGUCGUCCAGGGCCUCGGAGAGGGCCUCAGAGAGGGGCUCGGUGCAGAGCGCGCAGAGCGACCUGUACAUGCGUCUGGGCCUGCUGCUGGACACGCCCAACACCCCCGCCAGCACGGGGCUCACCACGGCGAUGGUCCACUAUCCGGCCUCGCCGGAGCUGGCGCAGCGCCCCACCAGCGGGGCCUCCAGCGGGGCCUCCAGCAAGCGCGGCUCCACGCACGGCUCCAGCAAGCGCUACGGCUCGCUCCAGGAGUCCUGCGCCUCCUUCUCUUCGCUGGGGAGCCUGGACGCCCAGCACCUCCAGUCCAGCAACACUAGCCCCGUGUCUACGCUCACGGGCUCCUCUGAGGCAGACACACACCUGAGGUCAAUGAAGGAACCAUCCUCAGACAGCAUUACCUCGCUGAUGUCCAUGUCAGCACACAGUAAUGCUUCUUCUAGUCCAGUCACUAGACGCCACUCUUUAACAACUUCUCAGCCUGGUAAUAUUGAGGAGCUUGGUCUAUUUCGAGAGAGAAGGAAUUCAAUCAGGAGAUCAGCCCGCAGUGGCACCAUCAAAGGCCCAAUAGACCCUAAAAUCCGUUUUGCUGCAUACCGUGCACCACCGCAACAACCAGUAAUUCUGAAGCCUCUUUUCUUUGAAGUUCCCCUACAAGAAGUAGAGCCUUUGUUUGUUGGGAGGCAAUGGCUUGUACGAGAUCUAGCAGAGGUAUUAGAAUCUCAAGAUCAGGGUAUCAUUAUUGCAGGAAAUCAAGGAACUGGAAAAACUGCUAUGGUUCUCCAGUUAGUUGACUACAGCUGUUUUGGAAGAAGACAUGAGCCUCUCUAUCAAGACCACGAAAAUAUGCCGGAUGAUAGCACACAAGGCAUUUAUAGUCAUCCUCAUCUAGUCUGGGAACGCUCAGAACGUGUAGCUGAACGCUUAGCCUUGCGGCAUCUUGCAGCUCAUGUUGUAGCAUACCACUUUUGUCAAGUAGACAACCAAAGUACCUGCCUGGUGCCAGAUUUUAUCCAUUCAAUAGCUGCUCAACUUUGUCAAGCCCCUCAGUUAAUAGCUUAUCGGGAACUUCUUCAGAGUGAACCCCACAUCCAGGACGCUAUUUGUAUGAGGGAAUGCAUAGCAAACCCUGACCUAGCUUUAAAUCGAGGAGUCCUGGAACCUCUCAGCUCUCUACGGCGAGUUGGGAAGAUCCCACCUGAUACCUGUCUCAUCCUGAUUGAUGCUAUUUGUGAGGCUGAGUAUCACAGGACUGACAAUGGUCUCUCUCUAGGCUCAUUUCUAGCAAAACAUGUUCCUACCUUUCCACCCUGGUUGAAAGUAGUUGUAACUGUGAGAACACAGCUGCAAGAAGUAGUUACUGGUCUUUCUUUCCACACUAUUAGCCUUGAUAAAUUAAAUACCAAUGAUAAUCUUCAAAAAGAUUUGCAAGACUACAUCAUUUAUCGAGUAAGCAACUCACCUGGCAUCCAAAACAACAUUGGUGGGAGUUCUGGUUCUACAUCAGGCAGUGGUACACCAUCUGGAAAAACAGAACAAAGCAGAUUUUCACAGCAUCUUGCUAGUCUUGCCAGAGGAUCAUUUUUAUUUGCAAAACUAACAUUAGACCUUAUUGAGAGGGGUCACAUAGUAGUCAAAUCUUCCUCUUAUAAAGUAUUGCCUGUAUCACUAUCUGAAAUAUUUUUAUUGCACUUCAACCUGAGGUUUCCAACUUUGCGUUCUUUUGAGAAAGUCCAACCCAUAUUGAGUGUGUGCUUAGCAGCACUGUAUCCCUUGACGCUCCUCGAACUAUUUUACUCUGUAAAUUCCCUUCUCACAGAUUCUUAUCUGUCGUGGGAAGAAUUUGUUCAGAGGUUCAAUAUGCUUGCAGCAUCAGGCCUUUUAGUCAAACGCAGAGACAACACCUAUAUGUUUUUCCAUCCAUCAUUCAGAGAAUGGCUCAUCCGAAGGGAUGAAAAAGACAGCAGUAAAUUCAUGUGUGAUCUUCGAUCUGGCCAUGCUGCAAUUGCAUUCCGUCUCUCUAGAGUUCAGGCUCCUCUUGAUGAUGAACACUCUUUAGAACUCGGUCAUCAUAUUCUGAAAGCGCACCUGUAUAAGAAUAUGACUUUGCACCGAUACUCUUCAAGAGAGUUGCAGGCACAUUGGGUUGCUUCAAGCUCGGCUGAUGUGUCAUCAGCAUUGUGCUCCUUACGGAAUAUUUAUAAUCCAAAUGUGAAAGUAUCCAGGCUUCUUCUUUUGGCUGGUGCAGACCCCAACUCAAUCACUGACUUCCUAGGGAAAGCUCCUGCCUUAUGUAUGUUUGCCCAUGAAGGGAAUGCCGAAAUGGUUUCAAUACUGCUGGAGUUUGGGGCUGAUGUGGAGUUGACUAAUAGUCAGGGAUGCACUGCACUAUCUCUAGCUGCCACGCGGGGCCAUGCUGAGGUUGUGAGACAGCUUGUUUCUGCUGGAGCUAGCUUAGGUCAUGCAGAUAUGGCUGGACAGUGCCCUUUGGUUCAUGCCGCACGGAGUGGAUGCCUUCAGGUUGCGGGUUAUCUGUUGAGCUGUGAUUGGGUUGUCAACAACUGCAAUGAAGUUAGCUUGGGAGAGGCUGUUCAACAAGCACUUAUUGCUGCUGCAGCUCAGGGACACAAUGAACUGGUGGAGUAUUUGUUAGAUAUGCCUGAAGUUCUGAUUGAUGCCACAGACUCUCUUACCGGAGAAACUGCACUUACUGUGUCCUCUAUGAAUGGAUGUCACAAUGUGAUAUCAACACUCCUGCAGAGAGGAGCCUCAAUAGCAACAGCAAACAGAAAGGAUCUGUCAGCACUUCUUCUAGCAGUAAAGGAAGGUCACUGGGCAGCAGCAGAAUGGCUAUUGCAACAUCAAGCCCCACUUGAGCAGACUGAUGGGAGUGGACGCACCGCUCUCAUGCUUGCUGCAGCUGAAGGACAUGUUGGAUUGAUAGAGCUCUUACUUGACAAAGGAGCUUGCAAUACAUCUCAAGAUAAAGAUGGUCUAACUGCUCUCAGCUGGGCUUGUGCCAGAGGACGAUUGCAAGCUGCACAGUGUCUUAUAGAGAGGGGUGCAUUGGUGAAUCAUGCCGACAUAACAGGUCGAACACCAUUAGACCUGGCAGCCUUCCAGGGAAAUCCUGCCCUAGUUACUCUGCUCUUGGAGAAAGGAGCGUUAAUAGAACAUGUUGAUAUUCACGGGAUGCGCCCUCUAGACAGAGCCAUUGGUUGCCGUAAUGUGCAAGUGGUACAGUGUUUCCUCCGUAAGGGAGCAAAGCUGGGUCCAGCAACUUGGGCCAUGGCCGCAGGCAAACCUGAAAUUUUGUUGGCCCUUCUUAAUAAAUUAUUAGAGGAUGGCAAUGUGCUGUAUCGUAAGCUCAGGCUGACCGAGGCAUCUCACCGAUACUCAUAUGCUUUGAAGAAGUUUCCAACAGAGGCAGAACUUGGUGACUCUGGUGAUAGUAUAGCAACGUUCCAACAGUUGCGUAUCAACUUCCUUUUAAAUCUAUCUCGCUGCAAGCGGAAAAUUAAUGAACCACAAGAAGCCAAAGAAUUGGCAUGCCAGGUUAUUAAACUCAAACAAGGUUGCUAUGAAGCGCUCUAUGCACGAUCCAAGGCAAACGUGGAUUUAAAGUUAUUAGAUGAGGCUUUAGAAGAUGUGCAGGAAGCACUCCAUGUCGCACCACACACAAACAAAGAUGUUCGUAGAGUACUCCUUCGUCUAAGAGAUGACAUACGUCAAGCCAUAUCACCAUCAGAAAAAGCUUGUGGGUCCAAGCUGGGAGCUUCAGUUGAUACAUUAGCUGACACAGAAACUCGUCUAUAAAAAGUCUUCAAGGUUUUGUCAUAUGUCCUUUUCCAAGAAAGUUGGGAUGGAUUAACUAAAACAGGGCUAAGAAACUUAAUGAUUGAUGUGAUACAUGAUAGGUAAUCUACGAUAUGUUUGCUGUGGGAUUUAAAUUGUUAUAAGUUACCUUUUUAUGAUUUCCCCACCCUUCAACACUUUUUAUUCUGGUUUGCAUUUUGUAAUUUAUAAUUUAGACCUUUAUGGAAACCAUUGAAACCAACGUGUGUUAUGCUGAUGGUGCAGGCAAACAAGCUACCCCAAUGAAAGGUAAACCUGUUUUGUAUGUAUUUGUUUUUCUCUAUGCAGAGUAAGAAUAUUUGAUCUGCAAUAAUUGUGCUAAUGUACUGAAAUACUAUUAGAUAAAGACAAACUUCCUGUUUUAUUUAGAGUCCUUUGAAUAGUAUUAUCUAUGAUGAAAUAUGUAUUUACUUAAUGUUAUUGUUAUGUUUGUGAGUAGUCUUGAAACCAAGAAAAAUUAAUACUCUAUAAAUUAAAUUGUUUUAUUGUAUCCAUUUCUAUCUAUAUUUCUAUGUUUUAUGAAGAAAGAUAAUAAUGAUAGUUCUUACUAUACAUAUUUAUUGUUUGCAUAGUAUGCUGAAAUUUGGCUCAAAGAGCGCAAUAAAAAAAUUUACCUAAAAAGGUAAUUUGUUUAUGCCACCAACUGUUGUAAAACGGUUUCAGGUUCCAAAUAGUUGUUUUUCAAAGCUUCUUAUUCAAAUUUAUGUUUAUUCCAAAGAAAUUGUGUUUUUAGAAUACUGAUAAUUCAUUGUUAUUUCCUAUUGUUCUCAGAUGACACUGCUUGCCAAUAAAUUAUUAUGAUUCAAA